AUGACCAUCAAACCUUUGAAUCUUCACGCACACUUGAAGCCAGUCUCUUGGCUCAAAUUCAGCAGAGAAGGAGACUUGUUAUUUGUUUCCUCGAAAGACCAAUCAGUCUCCGUGUGGUAUACAAGCAAUGGACAAUUACUUGGUACUUUUAAAAUUAGCGGUGCCGUGAAUUGUAUUGAUGUAAAUGCUUCAACAACAAGAUUGUUGUGUGCUUCGGCCGAUAUGAAAGUUACAUUGUGGGACAUUCAGACUGGAACCAUGUUAUUGUCUGUGGAAUUCCAAACUCCUGUAAGAGUUGUUCAAUUCAGUGAUGGUGAUAAACAAUUCUUGUGUGUUACCGAUGCUUCAUUCAAACAAACACCAUCUGUUCAAAUCUUUAGAUUACCAGAAGAAGGUACCGAAUCAAAGGCUGGAAAAUUAAUUCCAUCAGCCAAGAUUGAACAAAAGGAGAAAAUUACAUCAGCAGCAUGGGGUCCUUUAAAUAAGACUAUUAUUUGUGGAUUUGAGGAUGGAACAAUUAGAAUGUUUGAUGCAACAAACGGUAAACUGAUCGGACAAACAAAGGAGCACACCGGUCCUGUAGUAAGAUUGGCGUUUUCAAAGGAUAAAAUGUUGUUCAUAUCUGCCUCUCAAGAUAAGACUGCAAAACUUUUUGAAACUCAAACUCUUGAACUUUUAAAGGUUUACAAACAUACAGAUCCUGUCAAUACUGCUGCUAUUUCUCCAAUCAAACGCCAUGUCAUUUUGGGAGGUGGUACUGCAGCUCAAGAUGUCACAACCACUGCAAAGAAACAAACAUACUUUGACACUCACUUUUUCCAUAUGGUGUUCGAAGAAGAAUUAGGUACAGUAAGAGGCCAUUUCGGUCCAAUUCACUUUUUGGCCUUUUCACCUGAUGGCAAAACCUUUGCAUCUGGAGGAGAGGACGGUUUUGUGAGGUUAUAUAACUUGGACAGACAAUAUUUGACCAUGGAUGACUCUCCAGAGGCCAACUUGGAUGAAGAGUAA